GCGGCGAGCAUCGCAAUUAUCGCGGUUGCGUAAAAGAAAUAUGAUUAAUCCGUUAUAGAGGCGAAUUUGUGUUCGCUCGGAAUGAGGCUUUGAAGUCCAUCCGAGCAUAUCAACGCUACCUAAACAUAAUUAUAUACCACAUGACAUUCACAUUAAGCCGAUGCUCAGUUACAGCAGGUGGCGUUGCUUGUAGGCUAUAAUUGCGUAUGGAUACGGAUUUUGGAUUGGAUCUGCCUGUUCUUCAAACGCCAAGGAAUCCUUGAGAAAGGUCGAAUCAACCCUUGCUUUGCUUGGGGCACUGCGCGUCUGGAUGACAACAACAUCAACAAGCACGGUAGCACUGGAUUAAAGAUAUAACCGCCCACUUCCUUCUCUCUCAGCUUGAGCCUCUCACGCCCGCUAGCACCAUGGGUAACCGGGGAAUGGAGGACUUGAUCCCGUUGGUCAACAAGCUUCAGGACGCUUUCAGCGGCAUCGGUCAGAGCUGCAAUCUUGACCUGCCACAGAUCGCGGUAGUCGGCGGACAGAGCGCUGGCAAGAGCUCCGUGUUGGAGAACUUCGUUGGCAGGGACUUCCUGCCCCGAGGCUCUGGGAUCGUCACCCGCAGGCCCCUUGUCCUGCAGCUUAUCAGCGCCAAUGCAGAAUGGGCAGAGUUCUUACACUGCAAAGGGAAGAAGUUCACAGAUUUCGACGAGGUUCGCCAGGAGAUUGAGGCAGAGACUGACCGCAUUACUGGGGCCAAUAAGGGCAUCUCUCCCGUCCCCAUCAACCUGCGCGUCUACUCCCCACAUGUGCUGAACCUGACCCUGAUCGACCUGCCAGGCAUCACCAAGGUGCCAGUGGGGGACCAGCCAGUGGACAUCGAGCAGCAGAUUAGAGACAUGAUCAUGCAGUUCAUCUGCAGGGAGAGCUGUCUCAUCCUGGCUGUCACCCCGGCCAACUCUGACCUGGCCAACUCAGACGCCCUCAAACUGGCCAAAGACGUCGACCCGCAGGGCCAGAGGACCAUAGGAGUGAUCACCAAGCUGGACCUGAUGGAUGAGGGAACAGAUGCCAGGGAGGUCCUGGAGAACAAGCUGCUGCCCCUGAGGAGAGGUUAUAUUGGAGUGGUGAACCGCAGUCAGAAGGACAUUGAUGGGAAGAAGGACAUCAAGAUGGCUAUGGCUGCUGAGAGGAAGUUCUUCCUGACUCACCCGGCCUACAGACAUAUGGCCGAAAAGAUGGGAACCCCGUGCCUGCAGAAAGUCCUCAACCAGCAACUGACCAACCACAUCCGUGACACACUGCCGGCGUUCCGUAGCAAGCUGCAGACCCAGCUGCUGUCUCUGGACAAGGAGGCCGAGGAGUACCGAGGAUACCGCCCUGAUGACCCGGGACGGAAGACCAAGCAACUGCUGCAGAUGGUGCAGCAGUUCUCAGUGGACUUUGAGAAGCGUAUCGAGGGCUCUGGGGACCAGGUGGAUACUGUAGAGCUCUCUGGUGGAGCCAAGAUCAACCGCAUCUUCCACGAGCGAUUCCCCUUCGAGCUGGUUAAGAUGGAGUGUGAUGACAAGGAGAUGCGGCGGGAGAUCAGCUACGCCAUCAAGAACAUCCACGGUAUCAGGACUGGCCUGUUCACUCCAGACAUGGCAUUUGAGGCCAUCGUGAAGAAGCAGAUAGUGAAAAUCAAGGAGCCGUGUAUCAAGUGUGUGGACAUGGUCAUUCAGGAGCUGAUCAACACCGUGCGUCAGUGUACCAACAAGUUGGAUUGCUUCCCCAGACUGCGUGAGGAAACCGAGAGAAUUGUGACCUCACACAUCCGAGACAGAGAGAGCAGGGCAAAGGACCAGGUGUUGCUGCUGAUCGAUGUCCAGCUCUCGUACAUCAACACUAACCAUGAGGACUUCAUAGGCUUUGCUAAUGCACAGCAGAGCAGCAAGCAGAGUAACAAGCAGAGUAGCGCUGCAAGCCAGGUCAGCCAGGUAAUCCGUAAGGGCUGGCUGACCAUCAACAACAUCAGCAUAAUUAAAGGCGGGGCUAAGGAGUACUGGUUUGUCCUGACCGCUGAGAGUCUGUCCUGGUUCAAGGAUGAUGAGGAGAAGGAAAAGAAAUACAUGCUCCCUCUGGACAACUUGAAGGUGCGCGACGUGGAGAAAGGGUUCAUGUCCAGCAAGCAUGCCUUUGCCAUCUUCAACACAGAACAAAGGAAUGUGUACAAGGACAAUCGUUUCCUGGAGCUGGCCUGUGACACUCAGGACGAGGUGGACAGUUGGAGGGCUUCUCUCUUGCGCGCUGGAGUCUACCCCGAAAGGUCUUCUAAUGUGGAAAGUGAGGGAGGCGGCUCAUCGUCCUCGUCCCAGGACAACUUCUCCAUGGACCCUCAGCUGGAGCGGAAAGUGGAAACCAUCCGCAACCUGGUCGACUCCUACAUGGCCAUCGUCAACAAGUGCAUCCGAGACCUCAUGCCCAAGACCAUCAUGCACCUCAUGAUCAGUAAUGUGAAGGACUUCAUCAACGCGGAGCUGCUGGCCCAGCUGUACUCGGCCGGGGACCAGGGUGCCCUGAUGGAUGAGUCCCAGGAGCAGGUCCAGAGGAGGGACGAGGUCCUCAGGACCCACCAGUCCCUGAAGGAGGCCCUGGCCAUCAUAGGAGACAUCUCCACCACCACCAUCUCCACCCCAAUGCCCCCGCCCGUGAACGACUGGCGCAGUGGAGGGGGAAACAGGUCUCCUCCAACCAGCCCCACUGGUUCCAGGAGGAUGUCAUCAGGCCAACGCCCUAGUCCCGGAGGAGGGCGAGGGGCUCCACACCCUCCUAACCGUCCAGGACCCCUGGGGCCCUUCAACAACAGUGCUGACAGCCCCCAGGUCCCCAGCCGCCCCAACCGGGCCCCUCCCAGCAUCCCCAGUAGGCGACCCCCUCCUUCUCCAACAAGAAAUAUCCCCCCAUCAUAAGCAGUCAAAGGAGCGAUCUCUAAUGGGACUAGUGUUCAUCCCCUAGCUCAUCCUUCCCCUAUCCUCCCCAAGCCCCUCUGCUAUCUAUCUCUCCUUUGUCUUCA